AUGAAGUACCUUGCUGCUUAUAUGCUCGCUCAGAUGGGUGGCACCAAUCGCCCCCAGGAAAGUGAUCUUAAAACAAUCCUUAGCUCAGUCGGGAUUGAGUGUGAGCAGGAGCGGGUUAAACUGCUUCUUGAUCAGCUUCAUGGUAAAAAUAUGAAUGAACUGAUAAACGCAGGAAAGGAGAAAAUGUCAACUGUGUCAUUUUCCGGUGCCGUCGCUCCCAGCUCUGGCGCCGCUCCUGCAGCCGCUGCUCCUGCUGCUUCAGGCGCAGCUCCUGCCGGUAAACCCGCAGCCGAAGCCCCUCCCAAGGAAGAGCCAAAGGAGGAGUCUGAGGAAUCGGACGCCGAUAUGGGCUUUAGUCUGUUUGACUAA